AUGGUCUUUCUAAGUAAUGCUGUAUCCGAUGCUCGGUUGAAUGAAAAAGAUGAAAUUGGUAAACCGGUGUUUUCAACUUGUGUUUAUGGUUCUCGAUGGACCACACAACCUAUUCCGAAAUAUUCCUUACCUGAUGAUGAAAUGCCACCGCAAGUCGCCUAUAAGCUCAUCAAAGAUGAUCUUCAGUUGGAUGGUAAUCCAGUACUGAACUUGGCGUCCUUCGUUACCACUUAUAUGGAAGAAGAAGCCGAGAAAUUAAUGUCGGAAAACUUGUCUAAAAAUUUUAUUGAUUAUGAAGAGUAUCCCGUGUCUGUUGAAUUGCAAAACCGUUGUGUUAACAUUAUUGCCCGUCUUUUUAAUGCACCCAUGGACAAUCCACAUUCCGAAGCAAUGGGAGUUUCAACCAUAGGUUCUUCCGAAGCCAUUAUAUUGGCUGUGUUGGCUAUGAAGAAACUGUGGCAAAAAAGAAGGAUCGCUGAGGGAAAGCCUAUCGAUAAACCAAAUUUAGUAAUGUCGGCAUCAGUUCAAGUUUGUUGGGAAAAAGCAACUAGGUAUCUUGAGAUUGAAGAAAAAUUUGUUUACUUGACUGAAGGCUGCUACAUUCUAGACCCAGAAAAGGCAGUUGACCUUGUUGAUGAGAAUACAAUUGGCGUUUGUGUUAUAUUAGGAUCAACUUAUACUGGUCAUUAUGAAGAUGCAAAAAAGGUCAAUGAACUUUUAAAAGUAAAAAAUGAAGCAAAUGGUUGGGAUGUACCAAUUCAUGUUGAUGCCGCAUCUGGUGGAUUUGUCGCUCCGUUCGUGAACCCUGAUCUUGAUUGGGAUUUUAGGCUUGAUUUGGUCCGUUCUAUCAACGUUUCUGGUCAUAAAUAUGGAUUAUGUUAUGCAGGCAUUGGAUGGGCAAUAUGGAAGUCUCCAAAGUAUUUGCCAGAAGAAUUGAUUUUUAAUGUGAACUACCUUGGAUCCGAUCAAGCAUCUUUCACGUUAAAUUUCUCCAAAGGUGCUGCAAAUGUGAUCUCCCAAUAUUAUGUAUUAAUUCGAAAUGGGCGUGCAGGAUUUACAUCGAUCAUGACGAAUUUGAUGCAAAUUGCUGAUUAUCUUGCUCAAUCUUUGGAAAAUACUGGCGUAUUUGAAAUUAUUAGUGAUAGAAAUGGUAAAGGAUUACCACUUGUAGCUUUUAAGUUGAAGCUUAAAGAUAUUCAUUAUGACGAGUUUGAUGUAGCCCAACGUCUCCGUGAGCGUGGCUGGAUUGUACCAGCUUAUACAAUGGCACCAAAUACUCAGCAUAUUAAAUUGAUGCGUAUUGUGGUUCGAGAAGAUUUUUCACGCGAACGGUGUGACAUUCUUCUCACUGAUAUUAUGGCCACUAUUGAUCUUUUGAACAAAUUAGACAAAGAAACUCUCUUUAAAAAGAGAACCUCGACUGCAAGUUGGAAUCUACUGAAAAGCGUUACGAGAGCUACUUUUGGUGGUGUUAAAAAUGUAUCACAUAAAACUAAUGGU